AUGGUGCCCGGUUGUGGCCUGCUGCGGGGAGCCGAUCGGAGACCGUUUGGCGUGCAGAGCAUCUCCAAACCCGUGCCGUCAGAUCAGAUCCUCUCCUAUCGACAAUGUACCAACCAACACACCUCGUUCAAUCUAAUGCCCGAAACUAUGCAAACCACAACCCCCAAGAGUCAAGUCAUAUACGCGCCAGCCAGAGAGGCUAUCCGUGGCGUCAAGUCGAUCUUCCUAGCCGGUACUACCGCGAAAACGAAACCUGACGACCGUGAUUGGCGAGAGGUGCUGUCAGAGUCGCUGGCAGACACCCCCGUCACCAUACUCAACCCCUACCGCGGUGACUGGGACUCAACCUGGCGGGAAGACAUCGCGUUCGCGCCGUACCGCGAGCAGGUAGAAUGGGAGUUGGAUAUGCAGGAAGCUGCCGACAUCAUUGUGGUCUUCUUCCACCCAGACACGCAGGCUCCCAUCAGCCUCCUAGAGCUGGGCCUAAGUGCAAGGUCUGGCAAGUGUAUUGUGAGCUGCCCCGAAGGCUACUUGAAGCGAGGGAAUGUGCAGAUUGUGUGUCAGAGGUUUGGUGUUGAGAUGGUGGAGAGCGUGGAUGAGUUGAGGGAUGCCAUCUUGAGGAGACUGCCUGAUGACUUCACGCGGACUGCCUAG